CCAUAGGGAGCUGGAAUGCCCCACUGACCCCACACAGGUCACCCCCAUCACAGGGACCCAUGAUGUCCCUAUUGACCCCCACAGGGCCACCCCCAUCACAGGGAGCCAGGAUGGCCCCAUUGAGCCCCAUAGGGCCACCCCUAUCCAUAGAGACUCAGGAUGUCCCCAUUGACCCCCACGGGGCCACCCCAUCCACAGGGACCUGCACCACUGUCACAGGGUCACCCCCGGCUCUAGGGGUCAGGGUGUCAUCCCAUCCUCCACAAAGAUGGUCAAACACCCUCCUCGAGGGGUGAUAAGGGUGGGGGGAGCUCUGCUGGGGUCCCCGUGCCCACUGCUGUGGCUGUUGUCAUUCCCUAUCCACGGUAAGGGUUUCACAGCAGAGCCUGGACAGGUGGAGGCAGUAGUGUGGGUUAUUUUUUGAAAGGCAUUUAGUAAAAAGUAUGUUUGAUUUCUGUCAAGUGAUACAUUUAAGGCAGAAGGGAGCAUAAGGAGAUCCUCUAGCACGAAACUCAGUCUGCUGGAGGUGACACUUCAUGUCCAGUUGCUGCUGGAUCCCUUUGUUAUUAGAGCUUUGUGAUGGAGCAGUGGGGAAGAGGCAGGAGAGCCCAGUGAGACACAGGACAGAGCUCUCACCUUCCCUGGAGCCUCCUGCGGCCACCAGCAGCUUCUCUGUGUCCUCCCUCGGAGCUCAUGUGCAGGUCGUGUCCCUGCAGCAGGUGCCUGAGGUGCUGAUGUGACACCCCGUGGGGGGGCCCUGCUCGUUGGAGGGCUAUGGGGAAACUGCAGAGUAAACUCAGCUUCCACACCACCAAAUACGGGGCUGAUGGCUCCGUGGGACAGACGGGAUCCAUCGUGGGACAGACAGGAUCCAUCGUGGGACAGACGGGAUCCAUGGGCACCUCCCGGCACAGCCCCGCUCACACCGACGCCGUCACCUCCGUGGCUGCUCUCAAACCAGACCUGUGUGUGUCAGGGGGCAGGGAUAAGAGUGUGGCUGUGUGCAGCUGGAGAUCCGGGGCUGCCCUGCGGCGCUUCGUCGGCCACGAGCGGGAGGUCACCAAGGUCACCUCUGCCCUUGACUCCAGCAGAGUCUUCAGCGCAUCCCGGGACAAGACAGUGAUGAUGUGGGAGCUUCACGGGGCGUCGGGGCCAAGCCAGCACUUCCCAGGACAUGAGCUGGUUGUGACUGGGCUGGCUGUGAGCCCAGAUGCCUCCCAGCUGUGCACGGGCUCACGAGACAACACCGUGUGCAAGUGGGACACAGAGACUGGGGAGUGUCUGGCCAGGGCCACCAUCUCCAGGAAUCUGGUCACACACCUGUGCUGGGUUCCUGGGGAGCCUUAUGUCAUCCAGACCUCGGAGGAUAAAACAACCAGGAUCUGGGACAGCCGGGAGCUGCAGGUGGCACACACGUUCCCAGCCAAGCAGCACAUCCAGACGUGCUGUGACGUGAGCCAGGACGGGCGGUACUGCCUCAGCAGCAGCCAGGGCGGAGAGGCCACCCUGUGGGACCUGCGGCAGACCCGGGGCCGGGUGUGUGAGUACAGGGGGCAUUUCCACACCACCACCUCGUGUGUUUUCCUCCCCCGGGGCCCAGCCCUCGCCCCCAGCGUUGCCACGUCCUCCAGCGACAGCACAGUGAAGGUCUGGCACCGGGACACGGCAGCCUGCCUGGCCACGCUGUCCCUGGAGGGCUCUGGCCCGCUGGCCUCGCUGGCCGCCUGUGACAGCUCCACCCUGCUCUGUGCCAGCGCCAGCUCCAAAAUCCACGUGCUGCGCGUGGGCGGCGGCGCCCAGCCGGACCUGCGGGAGCUGGGGGCGUUCUGAGCCAGGGACCCCAACACAGACCAGCCCCUGGCAGCGUUCUGAGCCAGGGACCCCCACACAGACCAGCCCCUGGCAGCGUUCUGAGCCAGGGACCCCCACACAGACCGGCCCCCGAGGGGAUGGAACCCCCAGAGCCCCCCCCUGCCCGCGGGCACAGGGCCCUUGUGUCCCAGCAGCAGGGCAGGGGGACUUCCCGCGUGGUCUGUGGGGAGCUGUCCAGGAGAAAAGCCAAACCCUGGAUGCACGAGGCGUUUUCCUUGCAAACCCUGCCUGCAGCACAGGGUGGGGCAGAGGGAGCAAAGCUGUGAGGAGCCAAGGGGGACACACUGUAGCACUUUAGCUGAUGUCCAGGCUUGGACCAGAGGAGACUGUGAUUAAAUAUUCUUCUGUGUUACUUGCUGGCCUCUUGUCCCAUAGUAUUUUCCCUGGGAGGCACCAAGAGCUGGCACAUGGCACGUGGCACAUGGCACACACCACUGUGGUGCUUGGAAGGGAGGAGAAAGCCCUCAACACUCUGCUUGAAGAAAAGUAACUUGGGAGUGGGUUUGGGGUUUGGUUUUUUCCUUAACACACCAUCUCCAACUGCACUGAGAGUGUUGGGAACAGAACUGUGCUCACCUUCCCAGGGACCACAGACAGCUG